AGCGCGAAGACGUUGUUAGCUGUUUAUUUUCGAGCUUCACAAUUUUUUUUUCGCCUUGGCUCAUUGUUUAUUUUUGUCUUGAGCUUCAAGUCGCGUUCGAGCUACGUUUAUUUUUAUGGCCUUUCCGUUGGGGGCAUGUGAUUGAAAUUCUGUAGUAGUGUCGGAGUAGAAGAGGUGAAAAACACAGUCACAUAAUUGGACUCGUCCACUCGAAACGAUACGGGCCAAAUGAGAUUGAAACGCCUUGGAAGACAAAAAACGUCAAGCAGGCCAGGCAAUUGCCAUUUGCAACAUAGCAAUUGCGGAUCGAAUCGAAUUGAACUUAACAAGAUUGUGCCACUCUGCAGACGCACACCUGAGCCACUGAGCGUUUUCCCGAAGGUCGACCGCAUCUUUACAGGCUUUCGACUCUGCGUCACUGUCUCAAGAAUGUGUUAAUUCGGCGAUUCGAAAACAACAACGACAUCAACCGCGGCUGCCUGUAGCAGGCACAACAGUUUGCCGCCUGACGACAUUAAAUUUGCAUAAAAAAGUAAACAAACGCGGAUCGUAAAAAGAGAAAAAAGGCGGAGGAAAAAAUCAAAACAAAAUCAGUUCCAUACAUCAAUCCGCUAGCUAUAAAAAUGGAUGCUUCAUAACAAAGAAACAAAAGUAAUUUGUUUCUAUAAUAAUUUGGCUACUUCCUUUGAUUUAUUUCAGUUUGCCAUAUUGAAAGUAAAUAUUUGUUAAACAUGCUAAUAUAGUAAAAAGCUAACCUGAGUAUUUAAACUUCAAAAACACGCCCACAAAAAUGAUUAUUGAUUCGUAUCAGUUUAUAAAUAAAUUAAAUUUUUAAUUAUAUAAAAAACCCAACAAAGUCAAGCAAGAUGAUGGGAGCCCGCCCGCACCGUAAGCGUUUAGAACUAGUAUUGAUGGUACUGAUCGGCCUGGCCUGGGGUUUUUUUUUCUCCGAGUUGAUGCGACGGGCCCGUGGGCAGUACUACGAGGACCAGCUGAAGGAGGAAAGCAGCCCCUUCCCAGGUAGUCACAGGAGCAACCGUAGCCCCACAACUCAACCGACCACCACGACACACCCACCUCCAUGGAUCCUUGCAUCUCAUCUUUUAAACGAGACACGCGUUCUUUGCAUGGUGCUAACAAGUCCAAAAACCCACCAGAGCCGUGCCAUUUACAUCCAGCGCACCUGGGGAACGCGCUGCAACAAGGUGAUCUUCAUGAGCAGCAAGGCGGAUAAGCAACUGGGUACUGUGGCCCUUAAUGUAAGAGAUGGCUAUUCAAAUUCAUGGCCAAAAACUCGGGAAGCGCUGCAGUACGUCUUCAAACAUCAUUUUCAGGAUUACGAUUGGUUCAUGAAGGCUGAUGAUGAUACCUAUGUGAUAAUGGAGAACUUACGGUCAUUUCUACACGCCUUUAGUCCGAAAACGCCUAUCUAUUUCGGAAAUAUAUUCCGAGCACAUCCAAAAGAGGGAUACAGUUCGGGAGGAAUGGACUACAUCUUGAGCAAAGUGGCCCUACACCGGUUGAUAAAGUUGGGAUUUAGCAACAGCAGCAUCUGCACCAACCGUAGCUACGGCUACGAGGAUGUGGAACUUAGGCGAUGUUUGUCUGCGGUAGGUGUUCUGGGUGGAGAUUCCAGAGAUGAGCACGGGCUAAGCCGUUUUGUCCCCUAUUCACCGUUGUCCUGGUAUCCUGAGGCCCAGGAAUGGAACGAGACUAAAAACGACACCAGCGAUUGUUGCUCAAGCUCUGCUAUCUCGUUUCACUUCAACAAUGCCAAUGAGUUCCACGUGCUUGACUACAUUAUCUACAAGCUAAAGACUUUCGGCAUAGAUCGAAGUCAGUUAACAGCGAAGAAAUCAAUUUUAAGUACUAAAGAUCUGUGGAACAAUUUUCCGACUUCCCAUAACAUGGAGCUUGUGGAAAACGAUAUGAUGAAAAGCAAAUUGAAAAGACAAACCUAAGCCAAAGCCGAAGACUUAGCCUUUUCACGACCAAAAUAUAUUUUUUAUGUUGAUAGCAACAGAAAAUGCCAAAGAGUUAGACCAAGAUGUCAAUAAUGAUCAAUCCAAAACUACUUCUUGAAUUUAAUUACUGAAUUGUUAAUAUUACAGAUUUUUAAGUCUUGAAUUGAUUUUUAUUUUUCCCGAUAUUGUAAAAAUAGGAUAAGAUAGUACUUAAAAGUUAUUAUGUUUUCGCAUCAAUAUAAGU